GAUUUUCUAGCUAUCGGAACAAGAAAGCCCGCCCGUUUUGGGCCUCAAAAUCAUGGAUCUCAUGAGUUUGAAUGCUCGAGAGCUUUCGAACAAGUGCCUUGAGGCUUUUCAACUAUGCUUGACUUUUCGCUCAACAGACCCCGGUCUGUCCAAUCAAGAAGCAUUUCAUGAUGAGCGAUUUGAGUAUCGCCUGGCAGAUUUUAAUCUCUGGAUUGACGGCAUCGGCGCUUUGGCUCCUUCAAAGGCUUCACUAGAUGCGAGGUUGAAUGAACGACCGAUUGAUCUUUCCCUAGUUAAAGGAAACCUUGUUAUGCUGUUUCAAUCACUGGAAGAUUGUUUGAGUCUGCUGACAACUAACCAACCGCUUGAAGAUGCGUUAUUAGAUCUUGAUUCGGCUUUGGAAAGUCUUGUCUCGCUUUCAUUAGCUAUUCGCAGGACAGGGCGUCGGUCACGGCUUCACAAAGCCGACCGUCUUUUCAAACCAGAAGAACACGCUGAGCUGAGGAAACACUUAGAAGCCAUAAUCCUUCUUCGACCUGGGCCUGGUCCAUGCUAUGAAGAUGACGAGUUCCGAAAGAAGAUGAACUCGUUGACACCACUUCAAAGUCAUCUUGUCACGGCCAACCUGAAGCGAAGAAAUCGGUUCAUACAAGCCCAUCUACACUCUUUAGGUCUGAAGAAAAGAAGUGUUGGGUUUGAGUUACCGGUUCCUGAAGUUGCAGAGCAGGCUUCUGCACCAACUCUUAGUUCAGAUGAUAAGAUUGCCGAAGUGGCUUUACCUGCUCCCACUCCUCGACAGCCGAUCGAGCCGCUACCAGCACCUAUGUCAGUCACCUCUGCUUCGGUCCCUGAGAGCAAGCUCGAGUACAAGGAACCCGUUUCUCAGAAGACCGAAUCGACGCCAAUGACAAUAAUUACUCAGAUCACAGCCUCUGCCCGAUAUCCUCGCCCAAGAGUAUCUGAUAAUGAACAAAAAUUAGUUCAGUGUCCUUGUUGCUGUCAGACAUUACCUGUAUCAGAGGCUAAGAACAACAACCGAUGGAGAAAACACUUGGCUGAAGACAUACGCCCCUAUACCUGCAUAUUCGAUGGAUGCCCUUCCCCGGAUGUGUACUACAGUAGUAGGUCAAUGCUGGAACAGCACUUUCGACAGGACCAUCCACCAGUUUGGGUAUGUCCUCUGUGUGACGAGGGCUCAGUCUAUUCGACCAUGACUGGAAUGAUGGACCAUCUUCAUAACACUCAUCCACAAGCCAUUGGGGAAGACAUCUCAGCAAUCAUAUCAUCUUCGGCGCAGACGAAGAUGGGUGUAACGAGUUGCCCUCUCUGCGAAGUCAAGGGUGAUGCUGACUCCCCAGAGCUGAUUGACCACGUCCUUGAGCACGUCCACGACUUCUCGCUCAGGUCUCUUCCCUGGCCUAAAUCUUCAAGGGUCGAGCUUGGCGGUGAAGUUGGGUCUUCAAACACAGACAGUAAUGAGUUUUCUGCUGUGACUAAAUGGUUAGAGGGGUGUGAACACCGUACGGGAGACAUUGACCCGGCUUUAAAGCUAGUCGCUUGUGACUACGGGAGGUUGGCAAUCAUAACUGAACAGAUCGAAUCUCAAAAAGACGACAAACUUGGCCUGGACAUUGGCUUUGCUGACGAGCAUGGUGACGAGUCUGCCGAGGCCGAGACUGAUAUAUCGCAGCUGACGAAAGACACUCUUGACUCGGUGAAACAGCAUGAUGGAGAUCGUGAAGUGGUCUUGUGCCAUAUAUGCUCUGCUGAAUGGUAUCGAGAUGAAAAUGGACUGACAUGUCCCAAAUGUCAAAACGAGCUGGUUGAGAUUGUCGAACCUGGAUAUGAUCCUCUGGAUUUAGCUCUUCACACAACUCCUACAGGGCCUCGUCUCUCUAGAACUGAUCUUCUUAUUGGACUUAGUGAUGAUGGCGGGCCUUCAAGGGCCUCCAAACCAAGCGCUCGUGGGUCAACCUCUGGCUUUCGAAGGUUCGCUGAUCGCCUUUUCUCUCGCAAGAAGGCCGAUCACAUUGAGCCACAGGACGACAAGCCAUUUUCUGACACCUUUGUCCGGUUUUCAACUCUCACCCCGCAGGCAUGCGGCAUCUUGCUCAAGGUUUAUGCACGCCGCCUAUACCCUUUGAUAAAAAAGAAGUCUGUGUUCGCAGACUUUCUUAGACGCACACAGGGUGAAGAUGUUUUGCCAACCAGUCACUCCGUUUCCGACCUAGACAGCUUUUUACACAUUAUGCUUACGUCUUAUAUGGAUCCACUCAAAGCCCUACCUCCCAAGGACCUCACAAAACCUAUCUCAAAAUACUUCAUUAAAAGUAGCCAUCGGACUAUCCAGCGAGGAACGUCAUUGAAUUCCCUCCCGUCCUCAAGGUCAAUCCGAGAAGCCCUUUAUGCUGGCUAUCGAUGUAUCGACAUUGACGUUUGGGAUGGCGAUGAUGAUUUCAUGACUGAUGCAAAGGGGAACUCAAAUGUGUUGUAUCAACCGUCUAGUGCAAAGGGCGGAUCCAUCACGAAGAAGCUGUACCGAAGCUCCAGCCCUGCCAGGGAAAUUACUGAACCGAAGCAUGGGGCCCCCAAGAUCACACUCUCCAAGCCAGAUCGGUCUACUUCUCUCUCAGAACCAAUCGUGACAGACAGAAGGACUCUCGCCGGGCACUUCAGCUUCAGAGAAGCUUGUGAAGUGAUUAAAAGCUCUGCCUUCUUACACAGCGAUCUACCUGUCAUAGUCAAUAUGUCUGUUUACGCUAGACCCGAACAGCAAGAGCUGAUGGUCAGAAUCAUGAAGGAAGAGUGGAACGGCUGUCUGAUCGAUGAACCAUUAGAAGGCUGUGAUCCGAGGUUUCGGUUACCAAAAUUAGAAGAUCUUCGGAACCGGAUACUUGUCAGAUUCUCAGCAACUAGACACAAAGAUGUUCUUGAUUCUGACGGUCUUGGCAAGACUUUGCGAAGAGAAGGACGGGAUUACAAGGGCUAUAUACCUAUUAUACAGGCAUUGGACGGACUCGAGAUAUAUAUGCGAAGCAAGCCUUUUGAAGGAUUUGACAAUAUUGGCGCAAAGGACCCCGCCCACGUUUUCUCCCUAAAGGAGCAGAGACUCCAGCUACUUUUGUCCGUUCCAACUGACGACAUUUCCAUGGAAAACCUCGAACGAAACCAACUUUUCAGACAUAACCGGGACUUCUUCUUUCACGUCACCCCAAACUCAGCGCGAGUUGACUCUUCAAAUCUCGAGCCCUUGCAGUUUUGGAAACACGGGGUCCAAAUGGCUGCCAUCAGCCGCCACAACAUCGAUGAGGGCAUGAUGUUGAAUGAAGGGAUGUUCGCUGAUGAGUCAGGGUGGGUUCUUAAGCCCGACCGCUAUUUUAUUCCAGCUAAAGGUGUCCCAUUCGGUCUACCAAUACACUCCACCCUUAUGGAAGUAUCCAUAUUUGUUUUUCAGGAUCAAGCUUUAGAGCUGAUUAAAAAGGACGGUAUAAUACAAUGGACCAGGGACCUUUCACCAUUGACUAUGGCUACACUCCACGUACAUGGUGACAGCGACCACAAGCUACAAGUGGAGGAUGACUUAGUCGAAGACGAGGAAUCUGGUGACUUUUGUUACAAACACCAGUUUGUUCCAGACAAAGCAAUUACUAAUAUAAUUCUUAAACUCUGCAUCCUCCGGUGAGUAAGUCUACAAUGUGCCGAGUGAUGCUGACAGUAUUAUCCAGGUUACGAUUCGCGGAUCACUCAACCGGCCGAGGUUUGAUCGCCUGGACCAGUCUCAGGCUGGAUCGCCUAAAUCGAGGAUACCGUCUUGUACCACUUUAUAACGAAAAAGGAGGACUUUUGAGUAAACAGAAAAUGCUUAUCAAGUUUAAUAUCAAGUUACUAGAAUAGAGGCAUCUAGUCCUUCUAAUCUAUAAUACUCCUAGCUAGUACGUAAAUCGUAUUAGUGAUUAUAACAGAGAAGACUCAUGUAAAAGACCAUGGCAAUGGGCAUAUC